UCCAGGCUGCUCUGCUUCCUGGUUGUACCUGUCAAACAGAGGCUACGGUUUGGAUAACAACCGAUGUCUUCAGUCGCAUCCCUGCAUCGCCACGAGCGAGUUUUAUUCAGCCACAAAACAAGAAAUCCUGGCCCAUGGCGUUCAGGAAGGCUCUGAAACGGACGGCGAUCAUCGGCGGCGGGGCGGUCGCCACAGUUUUUGGCCUGUCACAGCUGAUUGAGUACAGGAAGAAGCAGCAUGGAUUGGCUCAGUUAGCCCACGUGGCAGCAGAAGCAGAGCUGAGGGUUCCCUUUGCGGACGAGCUUCCCUCUCGGCAGGCCCAGCUCGCGGCGCUGCGAAACGCUGAGGAGUUUGAUGUUCUGGUCGUCGGAGGAGGGGCCACGGGUGUAGGAUGUGCCUUAGACGCUGUCACACGCAACCUAAAGACUGCUCUCGUAGAGAGAAGCGAUUUCUCUUCGGGGACAAGCAGUCGGAGUACCAAGCUAAUCCACGGUGGAGUCCGCUAUCUCCAGAAGGCCAUUAUGCAGUUAGACUAUGAACAGUACAUGAUGGUGAAAGAGGCCCUCCAUGAGCGAGCCAACCUCCUGGAGAUUGCACCUCACCUCUCUGCACCGCUACCCAUCAUGCUUCCUGUUUACAAAUGGUGGCAGUUGCCUUACUACUGGGCAGGGAUCAAGAUGUAUGACUUGGUGGCUGGGAUCCAGUGCCUAAAGAGCAGCUACGUCCUCAGUAAGAGGAAGGCCUUGGAGCUUUUCCCCAUGCUGAAGAAGGAUAAGCUGGUGGGAGCCAUUGUCUACUAUGACGGGCAGCACAAUGACGCCCGUAUGAACCUGGCCAUCGGCCUCACUGCCGCCCGCUACGGCGCCGCCAUCGCCAACUACACUGAGGUGGUCCGCCUGCUGAAGACAAAAGACCCACAGACCGGCAAGGAGAAGGUGUGUGGCGCCCGCUGCAGAGACGUCAUCACAGGACAGGAAUUUGAUGUGAGGGCCAAGUGUGUGAUAAACGCCACUGGCCCAUUCACAGACUCACUGAGGAAGAUGGACAACCAGGAGACCAAAAACAUCUGCCAGCCCAGCGCUGGUGUUCACAUCGUCAUCCCUGGUUACUACAGCCCUGACAACAUGGGUCUGCUCGAUCCUGCAACAAGCGACGGACGUGUCAUCUUCUUCCUGCCCUGGGAGAAGAUGACUAUCGCUGGGACGACCGACACGCCCACCAACGUGACGGCCCACCCCAUCCCGGGGGAGGACGACAUCAACUUCAUCCUGAGUGAGGUCCGCAACUACCUCAGCCCUGACGUAGAAGUGCGCCGGGGAGACGUGUUGGCAGCGUGGAGCGGCAUCCGUCCCCUGGUGACCGACCCCGACUCCAAAGACACUCAGUCCAUCUGCAGAAACCACAUCGUCAGCAUCAGCGACAGCGGACUGGUCACCAUCGCUGGUGGGAAGUGGACCACCUACAGGUCCAUGGCUGAGGAGACUCUGGACGCAGCCAUCAAAGCCCACAGCCUCACAGCCGAGCCCUGCAAAACUGUGGGUCUGAUGCUGGAGGGAGCCAAGGGCUGGACGCCGACCCUCUACAUCCGCCUGGUGCAGGACUAUGGACUGGAGAAUGAGGUCGCUCAGCACCUGGUCUCGACGUACGGAGGAAAGGCGUUCGACGUGGCCAAGAUGGCUCAGGUCACUGGCCAAAGAUGGCCAAUCGUGGGGAAAAGAUUGGUGUCCGAGUUCCCUUACAUCGAGAGCGAGGUGCUGUAUGCGAUUAAGGAGUACGCCUGCACAGCCAUUGACGUUAUCGCCCGACGAACACGCUUGGGCUUCCUGAACGUGCAGGCGGCUGAUGAAGCCCUCCCUCGCAUCGUGCAGAUCAUGGGCAAAGAGCUGGACUGGAGUCAGGAGCGGAAGAUGGCGGAGCUCGAAGCAGCUAGGAAGUUUUUGUACCAUGAGAUGGGCUACAGGUCUCGUUCUGAGCAGCUGACCAAGACGUCUGAGAUCAACCUGGACUACGAGGAAGUAGUCAGAUACAAGAAACGUUUCCAUAAGUUUGACAACGAGAACAAAGGAUUCAUCACCACUGUUGACGUCCAGCAAGUUCUGGAAAGCAUCAAUGUCCACAUUGAUGAAAAUGCGCUCCAUGAAAUCCUUAAUGAGGUGGACCUCAACAAGAAUGGACAAGUUGAGAUUGAUGAAUUCCUGCAGGGACAACAAACAGCUGAUGAGCGCGGUGAAGAAGGGACAAGUGUCGGACAGCCGUCUGGCCAUUCUGAUGAAAUCGGCGGAGGAAACUCUGGAUGAGAGAGGGCCUGUGACGGUGGACCGAAGCGGGGGUGGAGUCUGACCCUGAGACGAGGAGGAUUUCAGGGACGCCAACAAAACCUUCAGCUACCGGUCCUUUUUUAAAUGUGGUGAUGACAAAAAAACCAAAACAAAUGGGUCUCAUGCAAAUGGCGUUAUUUGAAUGACAAUAAUGCAAUCAAGCACGUAGCGGGAUGAAUUUGGCCAAAUCAAGUGUAGACCAGCGUCACUCCUGAGUGUUUUGGGUGAAAUAGUAUCUAAUGAUUGAGAUGGAGAUUUGUUUUUCAUGAAGUCAGAGAGUAGAUCUGUCUGUUUGUCUGUCUUUUGAUUUCUUCUCAACAUCCGGUGCCUCUGAUAUUACACAGCACACAAUGUUCACACUGUAUCCGUUUUAUACUGCCUUUUAAACAAAUUCUUUAAAAGUUUAAUCAUUACAUUAUCUUUGUAGUUUCUCCAACACUCCUUUUUAAACUUAAACUAAUUUUUAACAUAAUCAACACUGAUUGUUGGGGGAAACACUGUCCUCAAUGCGAUGCAGCUUUUUCAGAUGGCAACUAAGCAUUUGGUUAUGCUUUAUUUCACGGGUGCAUUAUUUUCUAAUAAUUACCUAAAACUUUCCUGGAAAGAACUUUACAACUUGGUACUAAUUAUAAGGAAAAUAGAGACAGUGUUCACGCAACCUAUAGAGUCUUUUGGGCUCAGAUUCCUGGUAAUAAAUUAUCUUAAAAGUUUUUUAAUGUACUUUGAUCGAACUGUAAAGCACAAAUUUCAUCAUAUUUCAUCAUGCAUAUGCACAUCAUCAAUUGUGAAUGUCAUUCUGUCAACUGAAAACAGAACAUGAAGAUUUUGGCAUUUCAGCCAGAAGAGAUUCAUAUAUUAAGCUGUCGGUUAAGAUCCGCUUCCUUGCUUAGAGUUACAGAAAAGAUUGAGUCCACUCCCAUGUCUAUACAUGUAGAUGGAGCCAGCAGCCGGUUAGCUUAGCUUAGCAUAAAGACUGGAAACAGCUAGCCUGGCUCUGUCCAAAGGUAACAAAGUGCACCAACCAGCACCUCUAAAGCUCACCAGUCCAGCUGUCCAUAAUUGUUUUUACACUUUGGUUUUUGUAAAGAUUAAACAAAAAACAUAUAACGUGUUAAUUUGUGAGCUUUAGAGGUGCUGGUAAGCAGAUUUUGUUGCCUUUAGACAGAGUCAGGCCUGCCUUUGUGCUACGCUAAGCUAACCAGCUGCUGGUUGUCGCUAUAUAUUUCCCUUACAGACAUGGGAGUGGUCUCGAUCUUCUUAUCUAACUUUUAGCAAGAAAGCAAAUACGAUCAUGUUAGUCUUAGGAUACUUUUGUGAAACGGGGCCCUCUGCAGGUCAGCUGAACAUCCAAAAAUAGCAAGCUUACAACUUAACUGAAAUGAGGGAUCAAAGUUUCAAGCAAUAAUUGAAUAAUGAAUGGAUAUUUACUUGGUUUAAAUGGAGCAGUUUUUCCUGUAAUUAGUACCAAAUUACGAGUUCUUUUCAGGAAACUUCCUAUGAACUAGUUAAGAAAUGAUGGACCCCUAAAAUAAAGCUUUACAAAGCAUUUCUAAGUGUUGUUUCUGAUCUUCGCAUGUUACAAGCACUAGUCAGGUAAUAUAUAAUAGUCCUAAAGCACUCUGAGAUGUUUUUGAGGCCUGUUCUUAUCCCAGAAACAUGAUUAUUUUUAGGGUAAAAAGCGUGGAAGGAAUCUUAGAUCUUCCUGUCUACAGUGUUUUCUAUAAAUUGCACUACCAGCAAACUACCGAUGACACUGAGGUUUACAUGACAAAGUUUCCAGCUUUAGCGUUACUGAGGAAUAUGCUUUUUAAUCAUUGCUACUGUUCUGUCCUAUCUUUUUAAAUUAUUUAUUCCCUUUCGUCACGUCACUGCAGCCGUUUACACAUUUUAUUAUAUUCAUUUUAUAUAUAAAACCAGGAUUUCAAACGGACUGAUAUGUUUGAAAAAUUUCUACUAGGUGGAUCGCAUGCUACAUGUUAACUCUAUUCUCUAAAUAAUGUAAAGCAAAAUCUUUUAUUUCUGUGCUUGUGGUCGGGAGCAGAGAGAGAGAUCUGAAAAUGCUGUAUUAACCGGCACAUUUGUCAUAAUAUAUAAUCCUGCUUGCUGUUAGCUGAUGAUUUCAUUGUUUAUGAAACAAAAAUAAGACAUUUGUAUUCCGGCAUGGACAUCUUAUCAUGUCAUAGCACUUUUUAUCUUCAGCGUUGCGUGAUUUUUAAGAGUGAAAUGGAAAGGCUGUAUGAAUGUAUAUGAGCCUUGAUGUGCCUAAGAUAUGACAUUUAACCAUUUACCCUCUUUUUCACGAUGUCGCACUCCAUUUUAAACAAAUACAGGAAAUUAUGUUAAGAAUGUAAAGAUAUUUAAAGUUGUUAUAUAAAGAAUAGUAUUUAAACUGUAUUGUAUGCCAAUUUUUUAUUUUUUUAGAACAGAGGUCUGUUGGAAGAAGCGUGCCGCCAUGUUGGAGGGGUUAACGACCAGAAUUUGACCAGCGCGGGGUUUAAAGGGAAGGAGUGGUAUUUGUAGUUUGGUAAUUUGACCUGUGGAAGUCAAAAGGGACACGUAUUUUGUAGGGCUGGGUGUCAAACCACAAUACUUUUUUGGACUGAAUAUCGAAGUAUUGAAUGUCCAGUAGAAUUGUAGCCUUAUUCACUUAUUUUAUGAUCAGAUAGUUCCCAUUUUAAAUCAAAGUUUUUUUUAAAUCAGAGUGUUUUCUUUAGUUCUUCUUCUAGUGUUUAGUUCUUGUAUGGCUACUUGUGUUUAGACUUUUAACAUUUAAAGGCCCUGAAAACUUCUUUUCUCAAUCAGCUUCUUACUAUAAGUGAUGGAGUCCUACAUGAACACACAAAGUUACAACAGUUUUGGUGACUUUACAGCACGCAUUUUCUCACUGAGCUCUUCUCACUAGUUUGAAGUGGGCGGGUCUCGGUUGGAAAAAACAUGAUGUCAUGCACUUCUGAGCACCAAUCAGGACUGAGCAGCAUUUGAAUAAAAAAAUAUCAAAAAUCAAAAAAUGUGGGGCUGGUUUUCAGGGGCUUUAAGAACUUGUUUAAGAAAUUGUUUAUUCCUGUAAGGCUGCGUUCAGACCGGCUCUAGCCUUGUGUGGUUUGGCAAAAAAGUUCAACUUGUGCCACAACACAAGGUUGUCCACCAAGGUGCAAGGUAUUUCUGCUGUUUGCCUUGCAAUCGUCGUGACAAAAACAUAAAAUAGUUGAAUAGUUGAAUAGAUAAUUUUUCAGAUUUGUAACAUCCAGUCUCAAAAGUAUUGUGCAGGGUUUCGGCAUCUGAGAAGCCUUCAAACUCAUGGAUCUUUUGCUCAGACUGGACUUCCAACACGCCCUCACCAACGCAGCCUUGUGUGGUGUUAACGCAGGGCUGUUUUCGGUCUGAACACCGGCUAUGUAAGGUAUUAAAAAAGUUUUUAAAAAGACGAAAUUGUUGUAUUACCAAUACCAGAGUUUUUGGUACUGAAAUUCAGGCAACGUAUCAGAACCAGUGUCAAAAAAUUACCAAAAAACAAAAAACAGUCCUUUUUAUUUUAAUUCUUUUGUACUGUGCCAGUUCAGAAAGGGCUUUGAGACCAUCAUAUGACACUAAAACUAUUCACAGAGUCCCAAAUAAUUCAAUUGUUAUACUGUAGGUGCUCCCACCCCUAACAGAAAAAAAAAUAGUUAUCAUUGUUUUCAUUCCUCCAACAUGGCAGUCCUCACUCUUCCUCAUUACAGGCCUCUGUUUAAGGUUUUAUAUUGUAAAAUAAGUGUGUGUGCGCGUGUGUGCGUGCUUCCUUAUUGCCUUCAUAUUAUGAUUUCUAUUCAGAUUUUUUAUGGACUUGCAGUUAACAGAAUCAUUCCAUAGGUUUCCUCCCAUGUACCAUCACUGUAACUGUUACUGUAAGGGUGUGUAGCAGUGUGUGGUCACAUGGGGGUUCGGCUACAAUACCUCGACACCGAGGACCCUUCAAACUGCCAAUGCCGGCCCGUCGAGAAUAGCUCAUGGGCAGCACGACUUAAAUCUCGAUGUUUGAUUGUCUUCUUUGGGUGAAAUUACAGCUUUAUCCCGGCUCAAAGAGAAUCAUAUUCCUCGAUCUUUUUUCUUUUCCUCCAAUACUGUAAGAAUACUGCGAGUCAGUCUUCAGGUAAAAAAGAAAGCAAAAAGCAAUUAUCUAAUUAAAUGUAUCUGGUUGCUUGCAAA